AGAGAGAGAGGGAAAAAAAAAAAAAAAGCCAACUCUUUUCAAACACACAUUCCCACCACCACACGCGCACACACAACUCCAGAAAUGGAGACUCUGAAGAGAGGCAAGACCAUCCUCGGCCUGGAAAUCAAUCUGAUUCUCUUUUAUGUCGGUGUUGCUAGUGACUGCAUAGUCUCAGUCUCUCAACCACCCUACCUUGAAGUGGCCCACACCCAAGAGGCCAUAACCAUUCAGUGUUCCUUCUCCCAUGUGGGGUGCCCUGAAGAGCAACCAAGAAGCCUGUGGUUUCGCUAUGGAGCUCACCAGCCGGAGAGCCUCUGCGUGGACGGAUGCACCAGCGAUGCGGGCAAGUUCACAGUGAAGGAAGCCCUGACACAAAAUCAGGUUUCCCUCACUGUGAACAGGGUGACUCUCAACGACAGUGCGAUCUACAUCUGCGGAAUAGCCCUUCCCCUUUCAAAGCAUCCAGGAGCCAAGCGGACUGGAGAAGGGACCGUGCUGGUGGUAAGAGAGAUGAAGGGACUCCACAGUCUCCUGAUAGCUGUUCUCUCACUGCUCUCUAUCUACAUUACCGUUCUUCUUGGGAUCUUCGUGGUCCUCUCCAAAUCAAAAUUUGACUCUCUAAGAAACAAAGAAACAGAAGACUCACCAAAGAAGAAGAGUGCUCGGCCUAUUUUUCAGGAAACUGCUCAAGACCUAUAUAAUAAGGGACCCGUGGAAACAAGACCACAAUCUGAGAAAGGCAACACUUAUGAAUAAAGAAGAACACUUUCCAACUAUGAAAAACCAUAGAAAUGUUUCAGUUUUCAAUUAAAAUCCAAAUCCAGAA